AUGGCCCGUCGACUAUCCGCGAUGACCGAGGACGCCAUGCUCGAAGGCGGGCGAUCUGCACGCAAGAAUAUGGAGUCCGCGGGGUUCUCGGAGGAUCUGAAGAAGCAGCUGGAGGAACGGGUGGCGGCGGCGUCAUUCCGGAACGACUAUGCGAGUGCCCAUGCUAUUGUGGAUAUGCCGGCCAGCGCAGGACAAGGCACGCGAGACAUCGCCGGCGCGGAGCCCUGGACGGGCAAGGAGAACCUCCACGACGUCACACUGCGCAUGCUGGACAGCUCGAUCAAACCGAUGCGCACGCCCUACAAGAUCCCGAAACCCGUCGACAUGCGCAUCAAGCCCAAAUCCAACGAGUCGGCCGGCGUGCGGCUGGCGCGAGCGAAGGAGCGCACGGCAACGUACACUCAGGCGCAAAAUUCGGGGCCCUCGGAGAAAGAGCGUGAGGCUAUGCGUCGGGAGAUGAGGGAGCGGUUCUCCGCGGGCGCGCGGCCGAUGCCGGCUACCUUGCAGGGGUUGACGGCGUUGGCGAACGAGCGGAUUGAGGAUGCGAUUGCGCGUGGGCAGUUCAAUAAGAUCAAGAGGGGCAAGGGGGUCAAUGUGACGACGGACCAUAAUGCGAAUAGCCCGUUUAUCGACACGACGGAGUAUUUCAUGAACAAGAUCAUCCAGAAGCAGGAGAUUGUGCCGCCCUGGAUUGAAAAGCAGCAGGACUUGGCCAGGGAGGUGGAUCGGUUCCGCUCCCGGCUGCGGGCUGAGUGGCGACGGCACGCUGCACGGCUGAUCGCCAGCGAGGGAGGGUCGCUGGAGGAGCAGAUGCGGCGAGCGCGUGCGUAUGCCGCGGCAGAGGCUCGGUUGGUUGAAAGAGCCAAGAUCGAGCAGGCGUUCAAGGAAUCUAGCAGCAGCAGUAGUGAAGAGCGGGUCUCUUCCGAUGCGACUGUCAUUGAGGCAUUAGCUGGCGAGGUUUCGGAGGAGCCCCUGCCGCAUGUCUCGCCUCUCCGUGACCCGCAAUAUCUCAAUACCGAGCGCUCGUAUUUGGAGCUUAUGGUCAAGAAUCUGAAUGCGCAGACGCGGUCCUACAAUCUUAUGGCUCCGCCAGUGGCGCAGAAGCCGUAUCUCAAUCUCGAGCGGGAGCUCAAUGCAUGUUACACCGACGUGGCUCCCGGUCUGGCGGAGGAGAUCAAGCGACGAGCAACCGAGCGGGUUCGGGGCCCGGCCACAAAAGGGCCUAAAGCUGCAAGCAUCUUAGAGUCUCUCAGUACAUCUCACACUGUGCGGGUGUACGAAGAAGAUCACUCGAAGGGCUAUGGAUUCAAGCAGUUCUGGCGGGACCUAUUUUCCCAGAAAGAAUAG